CAUUCAAAAUCAAACACAAAGUGAAGCUGCGUGCUACUCGUGAAUUGUGUUGCGCUCAAAAAAUAGGCUUAAGCUCAUAGUCAGUGCAGUGAUGGUCCUCAAGUGGGUGUUGGGCGUGUUCGCCUUCACCGUCGGUUUGCAGCACGUGGCCGAGUCGGCGGGAAUUUGUGGAAAGGCCGCUAUUCGACGACACUGGUCCGAUUGUCGAAAGUUUGUCGAGUGUGGCGAGGAAACCACCGUGGUAUUCCAAUGUCCGGAGCGGAGCUUCUUCAAUCCCGUGACGUUGGUGUGCGAUUACGCGAUGUACCACGAGUGCUUGGUGGAGAACAAUGUAGAUCUCGGCUAUCUGGCAGCGCGGGAUCUUCUGGAAGCCAAACCUGGACGAUUAGUUAUGAACAGUAGAUGCAACGAACUUCAGUUGGGCGCAAAGUUUGUGAAUCCGGAAGAUUGCAGUCAGUUCUAUCACUGUUCGCCGUCCGGACCCAUGCUUUUCCAGUGUCCUGGAAAUUUGCUAUUCGAUUCACGAGCAAAUGUCUGCAAUUGGCCGCAGAAAGUGGAGGAUUGUAGUGGUAUUACUCCGGGACCAACUCCAAAUACAAGUCCAGGAGAAGGAAUAGGUGAAUGUGCGCUCAACUGUAUUCCUGAUGGUCGUUGUCCGAAGGACUGCCACCUUGACUUCAUUUUCCUGCCUCAUCCUGGUUCAUGCAGCUCAUAUCUUGCAUGUGAAAAUGGAUGUGCCUGCAGUAGACAGUGCGAAAAUGGCUUGUACUGGAGUAACCGGCUUCAGCGAUGCGUACCUCGUUUUGAGUCUGAGUGCGAAGACCCGGAUCCCUUGCCAUGUCCUGAUUGCAUAGUUGAUCUUGACGAGCGAUGCCCGCUGGACGAUAACCCAGACUACCCAACCCUUCUACCGCUUCCUGAUCGAUGUGAUGGCUACUUGAAGUGUCACGAAGGGUAUGUCUGUGUAAUUGAAUGUUCAGAUGGCUUGAAUUUCAACGAGGAAACUGGACAGUGUGAAGAUGGCCCAUGUGUCACAACGCCGCCGAUUAUUACUACUCCGUCAGAGGAUCCAACAACAGAAACAACACCAACAACAACACCGACAACAACACCAACAACAACACCAACAACAACACCGACAACAACUCCAACAACAACACCGACAACAACUCCGACAACCACACCAACAACAACUCCGACAACCACACCAACAACCACACCAACAACUACUCCGACAACCACACCAACAACAACUCCAACAACCACACCAACAACAACACCAACAACAACUCCAACAACCACACCAACAACUACUCCGACAACCACACCAACAACCACACCAACAACAACACCGACAACAACUCCAACUACAACACCAGGACCAGAGUGUCCCACCUGCCCACCCGGAGUUUGCAAGCCCGACGACAGGUGUCCCAAAGGUCCAUGCCUGCAGUGCAACCCGGUUCUGUUGCCACACCCCGACUAUUGUGAAAUGUUCCUCAAGUGUACCAACGGAUUUGCCUGUGAAAUGAAGUGCCCUGCUGGACUUCACUGGAGCACCGCUGGAAAUCGCUGCGAUUGGCCAUUCCUGGGUGACUGUGCCACCGGACUUCCACCACCGCCUAGUCCAUCGCCAGCCGAUUGCCCGCUCGAUUACCGGUGUCCUGCAUUCGAUAACCCCUGGGAUCCGACCCUGUUGCCACAUCCGGGUGACUGUACCAAGUUCAUCAAGUGCGAGAACAGGCGAGGAUGCGUGAGGAGUUGUCCCGAGGGUCUUCACUGGAGUGUUGCCCACAAUCGAUGUGAGUGGCCGAACGUUGCUGGAUGUGAUCCAAAAAUUCCGAUAGAGCCCGAGUGUCCGAUUUGUCCCUGUACGCCCUGUCGGAUGAGAGGAGAUCGGCAUCCCUGUGUCGAUAAUAGUGCCUGCAAGCGAAACAUGUUGAGCAGUCUUAGUCUUCCGUACGAACAGGACUACACCCGGUUCUACGAAUGUCUCGGUGGCAAGGCCUGUCUGCUGGACUGUCCUCGAGGAACGCGGUUCAACCGAAGCUGGCAACGUUGCGAGGAUGUGUAAUACAAAAGUAAUUGAGUGUGUCUAUUAAAUGUUUUUUUUCUGUCAUCAUCUA